AUGUCGUGGAAAUCUUUAGGGCGUUUGCUAUCAGGAAUCAAAGGAGCUUACAAUGAUAUAAACCCUGCGACGUUAACUGGAGCUAUUGAUGUGAUUGUUGUCGAACAAAAAGAUGGUUCUUUCACUUGUGGACCGUUUCACGUUCGGUUCGGAAAACUGACAGCUUUCUCUCCAACGGAUAAGGCUGUUGAAGUUUAUGUCAAUGGUGAAUUUGUCAACUUUCUACAGAUGUCUUUAGGAAGUGCCGGUGAUGCAUACUUUGUAGACUCUUCUGGUUCAACAACAGAUGAAUUCUUAACGACAGAUCCCAGUGACUGUCCAGGAUUUACAUAUGAUGACUCAUGGUCUGAGAUUCCCGUGCGGCGUCAUUCACGAAAGGUUCGACGGGACUCUGCAAUGAGUGAACCGGGUACAGAAUCUAACUUAAUAAAAGAAGAUAUAGAUGAAUUAUGUGGGACAAGUUAUGAAGUUUCAUCUGAUUGUGAAGCCUCAAAUGAUAGGGUUAGAGACUCCCGAAAGUGUCGGAAUUCCGUUGGUGAUAAAUUUGCUUCUGACAGCCAGUUGGACGAAAGUUUAAAGGAUACUGUAAGCAAUUAUAGUUACGAUUGGAAUCUGACGAAAUAUCAGCCACGUGGUAGCAGUUCCUGUGUCGUUAAAGAUGUCACAAAAAGUGAUAUAGUACGAGACCCUCAUCUAAAAAACUUUACACAUGAAAAAGAAGUGUACCUGGAAGAACUAGUUACAUCUGAAGUCGAUCAAAAUAUUAAAGAGGUGUAUAUCUACCCUCCAUCUCACGGAAAUUUUCCAUCUCAGUGUCAAGGAUCAUACAACACUACUGACAGUAACUGUGUUGACUAUGGUUAUCGUUCCGACAACGAACACUCUCCGAGAAGCAUGUCACCCAUCCAUCCCCAUGAUUUAAGUUUAAGACUCUCGUUGUGUGGUGGUUUAUCUUCAGAUAAUCCUUGUUCUGAGGGGAAGUUUGUAGAGCACAUAGUUUCUUAUGAAGAAUUUAUACGUGACCCUAACGCUAUUUUAUCUAAUCCCAAUCUUGUUGUUUACUUCAAUGGGCGUUAUUGCAAUUGGCAAGUAACUGCUCCUUCUAUUGUCAGUUUACUUGCCUUUCAAACACAACUGCCUUAUCUGACUUUACAAAAGCUAGAGAAUCAGUACCUACCCAAAAAGCAGUCUCGACGUACCUCUUGGUUCAGCUGGGGUGCAAGUCAAACACGAACUGUUGCUACACACUCCGUAAUCCCUACUAAAGAAGUCGAUAAUGUUGAAGAAAAAAGGCUUGAUUCCAGCUCACAACUACCUCAGGUACACAACACUCACAGAGUUACUAAAAUCAACAGACUUUCUUCAAGUGAAGUAGCCAGAUUGAAACUCAAACCUGGACGAAAUGAUAUUGAGUUUCGUGUCACCACAAAGUAUCAAGGGACUUGCACAUGUUCAGCUUCUAUUUAUUAUUGGCAUUGGUAUGACAAAAUAGUUGUUUCUGACGUUGAUGGAACCAUCACACGUAGUGAUUUACUCGGACACUUGCUUCCUAUGGCUCUAUCGGAGAAUCUAUCAAUAGAUAGUUGUUUUGAACAAGCCGCAGCGCAUUUGACCGAAAUAGCUUAUUCUCUGGACUCCAACACCUUACUCUACUUCUACGCUAGGUACAAACAGGCCACUGUUGGCCCAUGUAAUGUAUCAAAACCAGCAAUUUUCGAUGUCAGUGGUCGAAAGAAAUGGUGGGCGUGGCAUGAUCUUGGGAACAUGCCUAUCGAUGAGGCACAAAAGCAGUAUAUUGAUAAGCUACAAGAACUGAAUCCUGCAUGGAAACCAUCGAACGAGAAACAAAGAUCUGUAUAUGUCAGUCGAAUGAUCAAUUUGAACCCAAACUCAAAUGAAUCACCAUUUGUAUCUGACAAUGAUCAUCCAAUUUUUAAUAUAAUUAAACAAAAUGAUAUAGAGUCUUUAAAUCGUUUAUUAUCAGCAAAUGGUAACGAAAUUCAUUCAACCGAUGAAAAUGGAAUGACUCCUCUUCAUUGGGCAUCGGAUCGAGGAUUCACUGAUCUAGUUUCUACUUUGGUCAAAUAUAAUGCAAAUAUAAAUGCCAAAGAUGCUGAAGGACAAACACCUCUUCAUUAUGCUUGUUCUUGUGGUCAUGAUGAAGUUAUACAAGUCUUAUUAAAAUCUAAUGCUGAUAUCUAUGCUAAAGACAAUGAAGGAAAUUGUACCUAUGAUCUAUAUGAUGGUGACUUCCAUACAUUAUUUAACGAUUACUUACAUGAAUCAACGUCCUAGUCUUAAGCUUGUGUGUGUAUUUCUUUGUUACCAUGUUGUUAAUUUCAUGAUCACUUGAUUUCGAUAAAUUUCAUAUUCUGAUCAUCCACUUCAUAUGCU